AUGUUGUCUCCCACCUCUCUCGCUUACUCCCGUCAGGCUCCUCCAGUGAGACCGUCGCGAUCUCUAGAGGGACUGGAGCAGGUCAUCCCGCCUAGAGUUCCUCAACCUCCAGCUCGUCCUACCCUGCAGCUGGACAAACCUCUUCCCGACCUUCCCUCACAAGUACAGUCGCUCCCAGAUGCCUCAGAGAUGAGGGGUUCGACAGCAUGGAGCGAUGACAGCAGUACCAUUAGUAGUGUGGAUAGUGACGGCAGUCGAGACCGCGAAUCCACCCACUCGACGGAAAGCUAUCCCGUUUUUGUCCGUUCGGCGUCGGAUGACCUGGCCGGGCUUGUCGAUCAUCCUCCGGUGUCGUCCUUCGAUCGCGCCGAGCCAAUAGUGGACCCCUGUGCGAAGCCAUCAACAAUAGCUUCCUAUUCUCCAAGCCUGUCGCUUUCCCAACAUGCUCUAUCAGUAUCAAAAGACGACCGGUAUGGAAGCCCGCCAGAAUGGGCCCAGAAACGGGCCGGUCCGAACCACUAUUUUCGGGAGAAGAAAUGGGAUUUCUUCCCCGAAUUAGCGACCCCGUCUGCCCUGGGUGUUGGAGCAGCCGGACGGUUUCCUCCCGCCAGCUCGCAAUCGCGGAUGAGAAACGGGGGCAAAUUGCAUUUAUCCUCGUUUGACUUUGGAAGGAAUCGCAGGCGUUCGAAUACCUCCGACCGGGGGACUCUGACACUCGCCCAUGAAGUUCGGGACUCGAUCCGUUCCUACGUCCAUCGCACAUUGUCGAAGCGUUCUGCUGCGAAAGACAAGCCGAAACGACGAGGACGCCCCGCCACUGCGCCCUCCUUCUACCCGCCCAAGUAUGCGUCCUCACAGGGGACCACCACCUCGAGCGACUACCCUCAUCACGGAACAUCUAUAGAAGAAUCGAGCCCGGUGGAUAUAGAUAUCCGGAUGAGAACCCUAUCAAUCUCAACUGAUUCGACUAUGAGCGAACGAUGGGCAGAAAGCCCCAAGCCAAUUCCUGUUCACCGGACAAAGCAGCUUGCUGUCCCCAUCACUCCUUACCAGAAGUAUGGUGCGGCCAUCUGGGACAAAUCCGGCGGCACAAAGAGGGUUAACUAUCGGCCAAAUCACCAGGUGAAAUUUCCAAAGCACCAAAGGAACAUUUACCCAUCUUCCGCGCAAAAGUCGAAAUCAAGUACGGACUUCACAUCUGCCAAUCCCACUGCGCCCUUGUCGCCGCCGGUACGUUCCGUGAUCCAGCAGAACACUCGAGAAGCCAUUCGAGUGUUACAGGAUGGAACCACUCAAGUGCUGGAUGUGCUUGAUGGGGCGAAGAAGAAAGUGAUCAAGUCGAGCGUUGACCGUCGACGAAUGCAGCUCAAAUCGCAGAUUAAAUUGAUAGGACCGGUCAACCCAUAUACUACCUAUGGACGCGUCGAUUCUUGGAUAUGA